UUACCCGUGUAAAGAUGGCUCGGACAUUUAUCUGAAUAAAUCUAAUGAAUGUUGCGCUGACUGGCUCUGUGAUUCAGCCGUGUGUGUUCUGCUGUUUGAUUUGGCAUGCUGUCAUCAGCAGAUUUGCUGAGGGCACAACAGGUUUGAUGCCCACAGCCCCACCAUGAAGAUCCCAGAUUUGUCCACACACAAGAACGGGCGGCAGAGGAAGCUGGCAGGUGCCAGCCUCCCACCUGUAGACAUGAGGGACGUGGACAAGGGAGGGACAAGCUCCCCUGAACCAGAUGUAGAAGAUGAAUCGGAAGCUCUGGUCAGGGGUUCGGACUCCGAGGACAGGAGGCAUCGCAGAGCCCGGCCCAGCAUCCGUGGGGAGCUGGGGAAUGUGUCGCUGCUUCUGUUUCUCUAUGUGCUGCAGGGGAUUCCUCUUGGACUGGCCGGCAGCAUUCCUCUGAUCUUACAGAGUAAAAAUGUCAGCUACAAAGACCAAGCCUUCUUCAGCUUCGUCUUCUGGCCGUUCAGUCUGAAGCUUUUGUGGGCACCACUGGUGGAUGCUUUGUACUUCAGCAGAUUUGGUAGAAGGAAGUCAUGGCUGGUGCCAACACAGUACCUUCUGGGUCUGUUCAUGCUUUACUUGUCUGUUACGGUCAAUUCACUGCUGCAGAACGAGGGAGGACCAAAUGUAUUAGCCCUCACUGCAGUCUUCUUCAUGCUUGCCUUCCUGGCAGCCACACAGGAUAUAGCUGUGGAUGGCUGGGCCCUGACUAUGUUAUCCAGGGAAAACGUGGGCUAUGCGUCUACUUGCAACUCUGUAGGCCAGACGGCCGGCUACUUCCUGGGGAAUGUGCUCUUUCUUGCUCUGGAGUCUGCUGACUUUUGCAACAAAUACCUCAGAAUAGAGCCCAAAGAGACGGGCAUCGUCACCUUGUCAGAUUUUUUGUUUUUUUGGGGAGUGGUGUUCUUUAUUUCCACAACUCUGGUUGCCGUCUUUAAAAGGGAAAACGAGCAAGUCAGAGGAAAGAAAAGAGCCCCAGAAGAGACGCAGGGCGUCACGGAAACCUACAGGUUGCUAUUCUCUAUCAUCAAGAUGCCCACAGUCUUCACCUUUUGUGCCCUGCUUCUCACGGCAAAAGUUGGUUUCUCCGCAGCAGAUGCAGUCACGGGUCUGAAACUGAUGGAGGCAGGAGUUCCCAAGGCGCAACUGGCAUUGCUGGCAGUGCCCAUGGUGCCCCUUCAAAUCCUUCUGCCACUGAUCAUCAGCAGAUACACAGCAGGGCGCCGCCCUCUGGACGUCUUCUAUAAAGCAUUCCCUUUCAGGUUGCUAAUCGGACUCGAGUAUGCCUUUCUAGUGUGGUGGACCCCCAGUGUAAGACAGGAAGGAGGAUUCCCAUUGUACUACUAUGCCAUAGUGCUGCUCAGCUACGCAUUACAUCAGGUGGCGUUGUACAGCAUGUAUGUGGCCUGCAUGGCUUUCCACGCCCAAGUGAGUGACCCCCUGAUAGGCGGGACCUACAUGACCCUGCUGAACACGGUCACCAACCUGGGAGGAAACUGGCCCUCCACUCUGGCUCUGUGGAUGGUCGACCCACUGACCUCAAAGGAAUGCCAGGGUGCUGCCGGCCAGAGCUGCGGCUCCCCCGUGGAGGCGGCGCUGUGUGUGAAGGAAGGCGGCGUUUGUGUGACGACUCUGGACGGUUACUACGUGGAGUCCGUGGUGUGUGUCGUCAUCGGUUUGGUGUGGUGGCUUUGGUUAGGGAAGAAAAUGAAGCAGCUGCAGGAUAAGAGCCCUGCUGCAUGGAGGUGUAGAGUGAACCAGUGACAUUAAUCCACCAUCCACCACACACACUGCAUCUGCAUAUUCUACUCCAAAAGAUGCCUGGACGUCUUAACUCCAUCCUCAUCUGUCUGGUCCUGCUUUCGCUGCCGCACUCAGAAGUCUGUUACCCUCAAUCUUGUCACUUUGAAGUGCACGCAUAUGAGGGAAGUUCCCAUCGUUGUCUCCUCAUCAUCACUCGUGCUACUUUGCAAAAUGUGUCCCACUGAAAAUAGGAGAAAACCUAUUUAUAUUUUAUUAAGUUAUGUUUUGCUGCCUGAAAUAGCUCAACCAAACUCGAGCUGGGUCAAAUAUAUGCUCUGUUGAUUUGUUCUUUUUUCACCCAAUGAAACUUUAUAGAUCUGUUUGUUGAACAGUUCUUGACCCGCCGUGACGCUGUUUUUCUCAGGCCUGAGUUGAUCAUAUAAAAAUAGCAUAGCUGAGUUUAUUUUAGUUUUUCCAAAGUCAACGCUUGAACGCAACGAUGUUCAGUGAAGUUUUAUCAAUGAAUACUCAUUUAUCUUUGGUUUUUCUGCAACAGAUUGAAGUAUUUACUCAAAACGACGUCUUCGUUCCUCACUUAGUACAUGCUAUUAGUUUUAACUUUUGACUGAAGAAAAGAAUGAAGCUUUAUUUUUGGACCACAUCUCUUAUUACUUCUUGGCAGCCUGCUGUAUAUCUCUUUGAGGAUGGGCAUAUCCUUAAUGCUACACUUAAAUACAGGAAAACUUUAAAAUCUGUGUUGUCUUAGUUUGUAGUGUAGCUCCAGGAUGCCCCUUCCACGUAACGGGACAUUAACACCAGCCGUCAGUGAGAAAGAGGCAGCUGUCGCACGAAUCCCAGACGGGAUUUACUGUAAACUUUGUUGGCUUGUCAAAGACACAGGUGGAUUUGGAGUUUUAUCAGUGGUGAUUAACUGUAAUAAAUGUACCGAAUUUGUCUGUAAAUAAGAUCCAGAGACCGACCAGCAGCCUUGGAGAGUUAUUCAAUAAGCAAAGUCUUCACCGGCGUAUUCAUUUUGUACAUGAGACUGAAUAUUAAGAUUAUUUUCCCUUUUAAUCAAACUGCUCUGUCAAGUGUACAAAGCUAAGAUCUCACUCCGAUUACAAACGUGUACUUGGUGAACCACAAGGAAAAGGUCGGAACAGUUUUGGAUUACUGUUGUCACAUUUGUCUUUCCCAUUUCAUCUGCUGGCUCCUCACGUUGAACUCUUCAGUUUACACAGUUUAAUGGGCCUCUCAUGUUUGUUUGUGGCAGCGUGUCAGCUGCCAGAACCACUUCCUUUGAUCCUUUUCUUGGCAUUAACGUGGCAUUUAAUUUGAUUCAACGGUAGUUAAGACUGUGCCCUUUUUAUUAUUUUAGAUUGAGGUAACAGGUUGUUUACUGUACAUCGGUUAAACUGUCUUUCAGGUGGUGGAAAGGUACUCUGAUCUGCAACAAAAAUAUAAGUGAUUGCCUUAUUAUUAUACUUUUUUUUUUUAAAUUUGUGUUUGUUGGAAUUUGCACACAUUUUGUUUAGUUAUUCAACUUCCCUGUUUGUAAGGAAAAUGACAUGUCUGAUGGAAUAUAAAUGAGAUUUGACAAAAAAUAUUUGUAAUUAAAAACAUACACUUA